AUGCUUUUCCUCCCAGCUGCUGCUCUGUGCUGUCUGUGUUCAGCGCUGGUUGCCAUGGCAGCACAGCUGAUUCAGGACGAUUUAACAUUGACCAGGAGAGUUGAUGGAGACGUCUCCUUCAGCUGUCGAGGAACUGACCAGUGUGACAGUAGUUAUUAUUCAUACUGGUACCAGAAGAAAGACACAGAAACAUUCAAAAGAAUUCUGUACUUUGACCAUGACAAUUGUAACAUAGGUGGCAGGUUCGAUCAUCCUCAGAAAAAUGAUUUCUCAGUUGUGAAUAAUCAGAACGGCUGUGAGUUGAAGAUCCAGACAGUUAAACUCCUUCAUUCAGCCACCUACUACUGCUCCUGUUAUAAGAGAAACAGAUACUUCACCUUUCUCUCAGGAACUAAACUGGUUGUAACAGAUGAGCAGGUAGUGAAGCCCGUGGUGAGCGUGUACCCAGCAGCAUCCAGAGCCCACCUGGAGGGGAGGAGCUCCCUGCUGUGUGUGGCCUCAGCCAUGUUUCCUCCUCUGGUCCGCUUCUCCUGGAAAAGACGAAGGCAAGAUCAGGUGGAGCAGCUCCCUGCUGAGGGAGAGCAGCUGGAGCUCACAGAGUCGGGAUGCACCGCCACCAUCUUGCCGCUUGAUCGGGACGCUCUCGACACGUAUGAAUACCGCUGCACCGUCCAGCACGAGGGGGGCACAGUGGAGGGCCAAACAGAACAAGCUGCAGUUCAAACAACAAGCAGAAGCAUCACCACCACAUCCAGCGCACCACCUACCUCCAUCGUAACGCAGCCUGAAGCAGCUGCAGUUCAAACAACAAACAUCAGCAACACCACAUCCAGCAAAUUGCCCAACUCCAUUGUAACGCAGCGUCAAGCAGUGUCCUUCCAGUCUCAGUGCAGGGUGAAGCUGCUCUGUGUGCUCUACACAGUGCUGAUAGUGAAGAGUCUGGUGUACUGCUGUGGACUCUCUCUGCUGAGGAUCCUCUGAAACAAGGGACCGUCCACCAGCUGCUCACAUGCUGACUGACUGUUUCCUGCUCGCCUUUUCUCACCAUCACAUCUCAUCAGUUCGUCUCAUUGAUCACUUUGAUCAGCAGCCACAAAUGUCAAUGUUCAUGUUUUGUGGUUGGUGGUAAAAUGAAUCUUUUGAUGCACAGGUUAGAUUCAGUCAUCCUACAUAUAUAAAUACAUAUAUACACAUAUAUAUCUGCAGUGACUGAGUAUAAAUUCUGUGGUAUAGUGUUAUUUUCAUCCUCUAGUUUAUUUCCACUUUGAAUUGUGACUUGUAUAAUAAUAGAACAUGAAGCUGAAUCAUUAGCUGUCUGCUAGAUAUUUGAUUGUUUUAGUAUUUGUCUCUUCUUGUCUUUCUUUUUAAUACAUUAUGCAGAGUGUGGCA